GCGAGCGCACACACAUCAUCAUUCAGAGGUGCUGCGCGAGACCAAACACAACGCACUGCGCUCCGCAGAUACUGGAUUAACAAACCUGACUCUAAAAGAAGAACACAAGAAAGUUGGACAAAGUUAUGGAUGAAAGAAUCCCGAGAAUGCAGGGCAGACAGUUCCUGGAUCACGCGGAUUUCUUGGGGGUUGAAUAUUCGUCCCUCUACAUGUGCAAAUCCAAAAGAGGGGUGAAGAGAGAGGAAGGAAAGGAUGCGUAUAAGUUACCACACAGACUGAUCGAGAAAAAGAGGAGGGACCGAAUAAAUGAAUGUAUUGGGCAGCUGAAAGAUUUAUUACCGGAACAUCUGAAACUUACGACUCUAGGUCACUUGGAAAAGGCUGUAGUUCUUGAGUUAACGCUGAAGCAUUUGAACGCGUUGACAGCUGUCACAGAGCAACAGCACCAGAAGAUCAUCGCUUUGCAGAACGGGGAGCGGUCGUUGAAGUCCUCCCUCCAGGCUGACUUAGACACGUUUCACUCAGGCUUUCAAGCAUGUGCCAAAGAAGUCCUACAGUAUCUGAACAAGGUGGAGAACUGGACGGCACGCGAGCAGAUGUGCACGCGACUCAUCAACCAUUUACAUAAAGUUUCCGCGCAGUUCCAGCCCGGCGCAGGGAUCCUGCAGCGGCCGUUGCCAGGCGACGAUGCUCCAGAUCGGGACCCGCAGAGAGAUACUCAAGCCAACUGUGUCCCUGUCAUCCAGAGGACUCAGAACCUCGAGCUUAAUGAGAACGACACGGACACCGACAGUGGAUACGGAGGAGAGGCGGAGAAAGGUGAUGGCAAAUGCGAGAAAGUAUGUGACAUGGCCAAAAGAGUUAAGAUCAAGCAGGAGUUUGGAGAUGAACGUGUCACCAAAAAAGCCAAAAUGAACUGGUCCGCGAAUGGUGCGUCAGAUUCCACCAAUACCCGGCCGGAUGUGGCGUUAAUGAACUCUUUAAUGGGAAUGGCAGGUGUUGGUGGACAACAGACUCCCUUUUGCAUGCCGUUUUACUUCAUAAACCCAUCUGCAGCUGCAUCGUACAUGCCUUUGUUUGAUAAAAGUCAUUUGGAGAAGUUGGUGUAUCCAGCAGCAGCAGCAGCGGCGCUGACCACCCCGUUCCCGUGGCUUUACCCCGGGAUUCCCACGCACGCCUCUGCUGCAGCCGCAGCCGCCGCUGCCAUUGCUUUCCCCGGUGCGCCCGCAGAUAAAACCUCUGGAUUUAAUGCAGCAUCCUUAAAAGACGACGAGCCGCCAUCUCCCGAUGGUGACCUGUCCAACGAGGCCGACCUGGCCUCUCCUGUGUCUGGGGAUCAUCAUGGCUCAGAGAGUGAUGCCAUUCAUCAGCCCCAAAGAAAUGAAAACGAUGGUACAUAAAGCUGAUCUUUUGAGUGCACACUAGUUUGCUUGUAAAAUUGCUAUUUAUCUGUUCAUCUUAAUUGAACUGUCAUUGAGUAUUUACUAUAGUGUUUCUAUGGAUUUCCAAGCAAAGGCUGUUCAUUUAUUUGUUUUUUUGUUGUUUUUUUAGCAUUAUUAUUAUUAUGAGGACUCAAAAUUUCAAAGCAUAUUGGUUUACUUUUUUUUUUGUGGAGAGUGAGUGCCUUUUGCACUGAUUCCUUGAGAUAUUUGAAUGAAAAUCCAAUUGACAGCAACUUUUAUGUCUCGCCUUUUAAUGGCGUAUUAGUAUUGACCAGAAAAUGUGUGAAAUCUCAGAGUUUGCUCGUUUUUUUCCCGUUGUUGUAGUUGUCUUUUUUCAUUUUUUACGAAGAAUCUUAGUUUAGCGCAGUACAUAUUAACCUUCUUUAAGCUAACGAACGGCACUUAUCCUAGCGGAAUGUUCCAUUCAAAGAUUUGGAAGUCACAUAUUGGACUCUUGGAUGUAAUGUUUGAUACUGACCUCAAGCAGGCUGGUGUGACUGCUGCAGUAUUUGUCAGAUAUAUAACUUUCUAUUAUAGUACAACUGGUUUUCGGUUGUAUAUUGCUCUUUUCAAAGUUCAGUGCUUGAAAGAGUUACCUACAUACCUCAACAUACCAUAGUGUUUGGGCCAGGACUCAUUUCUUAGAGAUGCUCCUCUGGUAGGGGUGGUGACGAAACGUUUCGAGCGAUUUUAAUUGGACAAAUGGAGUAAGCAACAAUCUUCUGAUGUAAAAUUACAGCAGUCCCCAAAUCUCUCUCUCCCUAUCCUGAACAAUUAGUCUGAAUCUCUUUUGAAGGAAAUCAACAGUCCAGAUCAGAAUGGCAGGACCAAUCACCUGUCAGUCAUCACUGAGAGUACUUUGCCAACAAUCUGACAUCAUUGUCCUGUGUCACCUCUAGCAAAAAUGUACAAGGUAUAAUAGCACCUUAUGGAACUUUGAUAUUGAAUGUUAUCUGUGUUCUUUUGGUAGAUAUAAAAAUUUGUACUGUAUAUAUUCUGAUAAAAGUAGUUAUUUAAUCCAGAGGUAAAGUGCACUUUUUCUUGCCUUCUCAGUUUCCUAUAACACAAUCCUCACUCUUCGUUUUUAAGCCAAUGCCCUUUGAACUCAAACUAUGAUAUGCUUUUCUUAAGGAAAUCUUCUUAAAUACAAGGCAAGUGUUGGAAUAUAUGUAUCUAUAAAUGUAUGACAUCAUAAUACUCUUGAGCUGGUAUAUUCCAACGUGUGAGCUGGCUCAUUUUGGUCUGAGACAGCGGUUGAAAUGUAUGCAAGGUAAAACCUUUAAAGAGUGAUUAUAUCAAGUGUUUAGCCUUGUUUAAUGUUGUGGAGCACUGUAAAACAGGACAUGAAUAAACAUGUAAACGGACCUUUUAGAUUGGAUAGAUCUUAACAAUCAGGAGAUCAUGGAAGUUUUCUUGAAUGUGUUUAUUUUUUAGACCUGGGUUUAUGAAUGCAUAGGAACAGUGAUGUACCAGCUACCAUUUAUUUCUGCAUUGUAACACAUUUCAUGGGCCCUAUAGUGUCAUUUGCCUAAAAAGUGGCAUGUGGAUGUAUAUAGUUUGUGAAUAUGCUGUAUGUUUAAUGUUCAUGUUGUAGAAAAAAUCUAUGGAUUUUUUUAAACUAAACUGAGCGACUGCUGCACAUUUCCUUAAUGCUUUACACAUUUGCUGUUUGAAAUUAUGCAGCUCAGUUGUCAAAUAAACAAGCUCAUGUGAACAAAA